UAGGAUGUCGUGUGCAAGUUGAUAGCAAAGUUCAAAUCGUAAACAGAUCACAUUUGAUAUUAGCACCGUGUAUAUGCACCUUAUAGCUUGUGCAUCGAUAAGUCCAAGGCACUUCCAGCAGCGGGCGAGCUGCGCUGCGCGGGCGCUCCGAGAGCCAUUCGACAGCCACUCGCCGACGCGCGCGCAACAUGAUGCGGCUCUCUCUGCUUCUGCACUUGGUGUUGCUGCUUGGAGCAGUAUGCGCGUCACCGGCGCCGGCGCCGGGUCGAGUGCCGAAGGUGUACAACGCGCUCAUCACAUCCAAUCAGAAUCUGGAACCCAGCAAAGCGUACCCGGUGUAUCAGCCGGUAUUGCACGACCCCUUCGGCUUCUCGUACUCGCCCUUCGUGUAUGGGGACUACCCUAUCAGUAAUGGUUUGAUCCCGGUUCCUGCGCCAUCUCCCAAGGGACAGCCAGCACCUGCACCUCCUGCUCCAUCAUCAGAGACUCCGCCGAAGCCUGCAGAAGCUCCAACCGAGGAUAAAACUCCCUCCAGCGAGAUUCCGCCACCUGAGCCGCAGCCUGAAUCUGACAGCAACAAACCGACGUCCGCACCGCCGCUCCCGCCGAACACAGAAUCCCCCAUACCACUAAAUGAAUUCGGCUUACCUUCUCAAGUUUUGCCCUUGGGACGUAUUAAUCCAGCUUAUAAUGGAUUCACACAAGUCGGCCCAUUCACCUACCCGUACACGUACUCUGGAUUCAGAUUCUACGACCCGUAUGAUCCGUUUAGCUUUAACCCGUAUGCAAAUUUGCCACCCUUGUAUAGACCAUUGGCCAAUACGUUGAUAUCGCAAGGUCCUGCGCUGGUUCCCGCCAGGGCUGUGCCCGCAGCGCCAGCGCCCGCACCUGCGCAAAGUGCAGACGCGCCUCCCUCAGAGCCAAGUGAUUUAAACCUCCUCAACUACGCGUCGAAGGACCCCACUAUACCUAAUGUGCCGCCACCUCCACUACCAAGCGGUGGACUAAAAACUGAUAAGUCAGAAUGAUAGGGAGACGGCAGAAUUGGACAUAUUUCAUUUGUCAACAAACAUUAGAUCAAAAUAUAACUAUACUCUCCCCAAACGCAUUAAAAAGAGAACAUUAAGCGUGACAACCUUUCGAAAUGUAGAGCCGGACCAAGCUAACUCAGCUCAGAUUUUGCAAAUUGCAAUGACAAAGUAUGUAAAUGUCAUCAAAAAUGACAAAUUUCUGUAACAAAAAUUUGACUCCUCCACACGCUGAGACGUCCGUUUGGUUCGACUAUAGUUCUCAAAUUAAUUUUUAAUUUGGGAUGCCUUCUUUCUAUCGUGAUUUAUAUGAAAAUAUUCAAAAUAUUUUAGAAAACAAGAUUAUUAGGAAAAUUCCUUAACUAGAAAUUAUAAUGUUCAUCUUGAUCAAUGGGUGUGAUGUUGAGAUUAACAGCCCGAUUCGAGCAAUGCUUAUAAGAUGUCACACCGAUAUGGUACUGAUCUGUUAGUUUCAAAAGUGACAUUUCUUCAAUCAAACACACUUUUGACACUGACAGAUCAGUAUCAUAUUGGUGACAUCUUAUAAGCGCUGUCCGAAUCGGUCUGUAAGUAUUAUAAUGACUUAGGUUUAUUUAGUUAGAAUGACUUACGCUACACCGUGCCACGCCCACGCCGUGCUAGAGCUGUGCCUGACCUAUUACAUGGUGUAAGUAAUAUUUUAUUUAGUCAGCAGUUACAGUUUAUUAUCUCAGCUUAAGAUUUGAUUUUGAAACUGUUUCUUCGACGCAAUUUUGACGUGUUCUUAUUUCCCGGUCACGACGAGCAAACGCGCACGGCAUAUGCAAGAGAAUAAGUUGACCGAGUCCCGGAUGAUGCUCGUAGUCGGCAUGGUAGACUGUGGUGCGGUGCUUCGUGAGUAAUCCUUACUUGUAUCAUCCCAGUGAUGAUGAUGACAACUAAAUUUAUUUUUAAUUAAUAUUUGUGAGGCAUGACAAAGUUCCUGGUGAUACUUUUUGUAUUUUAAUAAUUUUUAAAGUUUGUACAAGUGUUAUUGAUAUCAAUAUUUGUCAUUAUAAUUAUUAUAUUAUAGAAAAAUAUACCGAUAUAAAGUUGUCUACACAA